GGGGCAGCGUUGCGAAGCGAGGAGCGAGCGGGCUGCUUUUCCCCGGCAUGUGCGCGGGGCUUGGCCUGCCCUGAGCGGGGCCUCUGGGCGCGGAGCCUUCGCCAUGGGGCUGGGACUGGGGCUGGCCGCGGUGCUGGCGGUCGCCGCGCUGUACGGGAGCGGAGCGCUCGGCGGGCGCGUUCUCAGCGGUCAAAAGGUGUGCUAUGGUGGCUUCAAGCGUUCCUGCUACAAGAUAGCUUAUUUCCAGGACUUGUCUAGACGCGUGGGCUUUCAGGAGGCCCGCCAAGCUUGUGAAAUGGAUGGCGGGGCUUUACUGAGCUUGGAAAGUGAAGCUGAGCAGCGACUAAUAGAAAACAUGUUACAGAACCUCACUAAGUCAGGCUCUGGGAUUUCUGAUGGUGAUUUCUGGAUUGGGUUGUGGAGAAGUAGUGAUGGACUGGCCACCUCCAGUGCUUGCCCUGACCUCUACCAUUGGGCUGAUGGAAGUAUUUCACCCUUCAGAAAUUGGUAUACAGAUGAGCCUUCCUGUGGAAGUGAAGCCUGUGUUGUUAUGUAUCAUCAGCCAACUGCAAACCCUGGUCUGGGAGGGCCGUAUCUUUAUCAGUGGAAUGACGAUAGAUGCAACAUGAAGCACAAUUUUAUCUGCAAGUAUGGCCCAGACAAUGUCUUAGAAAAAGAAUUAGGAGACAGAGCAGAGCCAGAUUACGGUAUUUUUCCAACGGUGCCAGCAGGAAAUCCAUAUGACACAAACAAACCAGAAGAUCAGUAUCAUGUUAUAGCUACUGAAACAGGUAUAAUUCCAAAUCUAAUUUAUGUCGUAAUACCCACUAUACCACUAUUACUGUUAAUACUGGUGGCUUUUGGGACUUGCUGUUUCCAGAUGCUUCAUAAAAGGGAAGCAAGGAGAAACUGCUUCAAAGACCCAUCUCCAUUAUCAUCUGAAUGCCUUGCAGAAAGUUUAAAUUCCAACCUGUAAAGGAAGAACAAAAACGAGUCCGAACCAGUCCACACUUUGGAUUUCAAAGACCCCUAGGAAGGACAGUAGCAUGGAGGUAUAACGGUUUACUGGUUGAAAGCAAAGCAAAAAUAACAUUUUGCAGUCGGGCUGUAUUAUAAUGUCGUCUGAGAACAUUAGCUUGGAAUGGCUUGAAAAUGCAAAGGAUCUACAAGAAUGAACUGUAAGCUCCCCCUUGAGGCAAAUGUUCAGAUCAUUUUUAUAUAAUGUUUGAUUAUUAAUUCAGUAACAAAAUAUGCCAUGCUAAAUAAAGGGUAUGUGUUUAUUUUGCUAAGAGAUGUAAGUCAGCUAGUUGUGAGUAAUGAAAUGAAAACGCAUUUGAAAUUUUUAUGAGGACAUAUCUACACUGUGUAUCAAUUUUAAGAUAGAUUGUUUGUAGUUAAACAAAACCUUGUUUUCUUUAAUCUCCUAUGCAUUGUAACCUAGUUGAUGUACUAUACAUGGAACUGACAAUUUUGCAGUGUAACAAUUAUUUAUCUUUGCAUAAAUGUUUGAUACAAAAUA